GAACAUCACUGGUUUGCGCAUCAAAAACGAUGCAUAUUGCGUGCUUUUGCGCGACGCGUGCUUUGGGUGGGCUUGACUAGGUCAGAUCCACUUUCGAGAGUUCAUCAAUGUCUUUGGUAAACAACAGUGUCAUGGACUAGUUGCAUCGACUCUAGGUAGAAAGUAGUGCAAUUUGGGGGGGAUGAGCAAGCUCUACCUGACCACACACAUCCAGACAGGCUUGUUCUAAAGUGCUGUGGAGGCGGGUUUUGCCUUUCGAGAGUGGAUUGAUUCGUGUCACCCGGCCACUUCCUGGUGAUUCUGGCAGGAUUGCCAGCACUAGGCGUUGGAAAUGUGCCACCCGUCAGGGAGCAGAACACGGACACUGCAUUUGCAGAUGUGUUUUGACCUCGCGCUUGUUUGAGUUGAACAUGUCAACAUGCGGUAGCAGAUUGCCGUUGAGGAACUCAAUAGCAGUUUAUUAUAGUUUCUUGCAUAGGGAGUGGCGAACGGUCACGAACAUGUUCACUCCUUGAUGCUUUGUUUUGACUUUGCCAGUGAGUGAAGACCCCUGGGUCGUGUUUGUUAGGUGGAGUUGUGGUACUCCAGUGACACCUGUGGGUGUUUUGUCCCACCCAACCCGCCCCGUGCAUGGGAGAGGGUGUCACUCGUGGGCGAUCGGGGGUCAGGCCUUCCUAGAGCCCAAUGGGGCAUCAUGUAUGUUGGGUCUGCCCCCACAAAGUUUUAAGUUACCACCCCGUUUACCAGCUUCGGCUGUCACCAUAUUUAAGAGAAGGUGCGCCGCGAUGUUAGAAGGACAAUCUUGUAGGAGUGGAUUUUGGUGUUAUCCUUUUGUGAGUGACCUGUAAGAAACUAUAACACAAAUUGUUCAGCCCCCGGAGGGUCACUAAUCCAGUGACUCCAUUUGGCUUGAGAGGUGUCACCAAAAAACUCCAUACAACUUCGAAGGAGGCAAAGCUUCAGCCCUGUGUUUGUCUCCGUGACAAUUGUUUGCAUCCUUUUUUGUUAUAUAAUAUAUGGAUAGAAAGUCUUUUCCCAUAGUGGUAGAUGAAAUGCGAACCAUUUUACCAAAGCCCCUCACAAAGCCUAGAAGGUGUACAACCGCUGCAGUCAACCCAUCAAAGAUCGCGGUCAGCCCCACGCUGGUUUUUAAAUCUGCACUUGGAAGCCUGUGUUUUCAGCUCUUCACAUUAGAUACAUUAGGACGUGCUUAUACGCAGUGCCAGAUCAUUGUUCCUUCGGCGUGCAGCAGCUGCCUUCAACAUUGAUGAGACUUACACGCCCGACCAAUUGCCGCAUACUUUACGUCAGAGCGUUUGUGCUCCGGCCAUUUGUGACCGAAGGUCAGUAGCCAAUACCAUAUUUCCCUAUGCUUUUGCAACAGAGUUUAUGGGGCAAAGGCCGACGCAGAUGCUCGGCAAUGUGAGUUUUGAAGAUAUUAUUGAAAUAGAGGAGCUUCUUCCCUGGGAAUCGUUUGAUGUCGAUUUUGCCAUUGGUGGAAUAGACAGCUGUGGCACAGCCUCUUUGCAUUUGAAUUUGGACCAGCAUCCAGAGCUGUCGUUCGCCUCUACGUCGGAUGCAGACUACUACUUUACAAAUGCUCUUGCAGACCGCCUGUUGCCCUUAAGAACACAGGUUGAAAAGUACAAUGCUCGAGUGCAGUUUGCAAAAGAAGAGAAGCGCAAGCGCACGGGUGUUGAGCCCCACAUUGUUGGGAUUUGCAUACCGAUGUUUUUUUCCUUUGGACUUGCCAGGCAGAAGCUGGCUGCCAUAUCGCGCUUCAAGCUGAUUUUGGUUUUUUGUGACCCGGUGGGACGCUUGGAGAAGGGCUUUAUGCACCACUAUCUUUGCUACGAUGACAUUUUUGUGGCCCAGCAACGUGGAUUUGCACCAUUCCACCGUACCGGAAAUGAAGAUUG